AUGUCACAAGAAGAUAUUAUAACUCAAGUUACACCAGACUCGCCACCACAAUUGGCAUCUGCCACCAACAAUACUAACAACAGCACUUCCAACGAUGACGUUGAUUUCAACUCACUUAUCCAUUUGAAUCUAAGAGGCACCGAAUUUACCAUUACACGAGAUGAAUUGAUGAGUUUACCUGAAAGUAUAUUGCUUUGUCUUUUCCCCAAUGGUGUUUUCCUCGAUGUAAAUGGACAAAUCAUUAGUAAUUUAACUGAAGAGGAUGUUGUUUAUGUCAAUUUUGAUCCUCAAUGUUUUCAUUAUAUCAUUGAUGUUUUCCGCAAAGCACAAACUGAUUUGACGAGGAUGUCCUCAUCACAGCAAAGUUUACAAUUGAGCCCUCAAGUUAGUGGUAGUGGGAUGUCGAAAGCACAACAGCAACAAGAGAGUAACAUUCUUCAAACUAAACCUGCUAUAAUUGUAUUGCGAGAGGAUUUGGAUUUCUAUGUAAUCCCACCAAUUGCUGGGUUAAACCGAGAGGAAAUGAGACAAUUGAAAAAGGGGGUCAGUGUUGAAUUACUCAAGAAUAAAUUGAUCUUUUCAGGAUUAGGCUAUAAAUUCGAAGAGGAUGACCCAAUAUUGAUUGGAGAUGAUGGAUCUAUAAUGCAAGAUGCUAAUGAAAAACAAGAGAAUGGCAGUAAAGGAUUAGGUCCUGCUGAACAACAUCUUUUUGAUAUGUUGUGUAGUUCGGGAUUUGAUACGAAAGAUAAAUGGGGAUCAAGGAGUUUAGAACCUGGUAAAUGUGUUAUUUCAUCAUUGUCAUUGGUAAGAUUGAAAACAGAACGGGAGAAGGAAAAAGAACGACAACGGGAAAAAGAGUUGAAUCAACAAACACCAUCGGAUACUCCACCAGACUCACCUUCAUUAACACCAACUACAUCACAUGCAAGUGGCACCACUGCUAAUGCCAAUGGCGAAAGAUCACGGUCACGACCAAGAUCAAGAAUUGCUCAAUUGGCAAGUAGUGCUUCAAGAGCAGCAUCACGUUCACUUUCACUGAAGCGGAAUAGUAGUAGUGCCAAAGCUGACCCAAAUCAGACCAAAUUGUUGUUGUUUUGGCGUAAACCAGCUAGGAAAUGUUGGUGGUCACAUGGAUGGAUUACUAUAAAUAUUGAUGUUGCUGAUUUGAAGGAAUUGGAAGAAGACGGAAGUGGUGGCGAUACCAAUGGCGGUAGUGCCAAUGGUGACGGUGGUGAUCCUGCUAAAUUGAGUGUCAAGGUGCAUGUGAGAAGAGUGUGGACUUUGGAAUUAUCAAUAAUUACGUGA